AUGCAGCCGUGCGAUCCCUCCUCGACCUUCUUCGGCUUUUUGGGCGUCACUUCGGCACUGGUCUUCGCCAACAUGGGUGCCGCCUACGGGACUGCCAAAUCAGGUGUUGGCAUCUCCUGUUUGGGCGUCAUGCGACCGGACAUGAUCAUGAAGUCCAUCAUCCCUGUGGUCAUGGCGGGCGUUUUGGGCAUCUACGGUCUCAUCACCGCAGUGAUCAUCAAUGGCAAGAUCCAGGCACCCAGCUACUCCGCCUACUCGGGCUACGCACACCUGGGCGCUGGCCUCACCGUGGGGAUGAGCUCCUUAGCGGCGGGCCUGGCGAUCGGCAUCGUGGGGGAAGCGGGCGUCCGCGCCAACGCCCAACAGCCACGACUCUUCGUAGGGAUGAUCCUGAUCUUGAUCUUCGCGGAAGCCUUGGGCCUCUACGGUCUGAUUGAGUGUCCAGAUGUGGAGGCGUUGGGGAUCACCUUCAGCAUUUCAGUCACCGAAAAAGGCAUGCACAAGGAUAUCAAUCUCAUCCCCAAUGGCAGCAACACGCCAGUGACACGUGAAAACCUCACCCGUUACUUGCACCUCAUGGCCAACUAUAGGACGAACAUCCAAUUCCAACGGCACACGGCGGCCUUCCUGAGCGGUUUGCAGAAGGUGAUCCCUGUGACAUGGCUGAAGAUGUUCGAUCCAUAUGCCUGGCCCUCAGUUGAUCCCACCCGCGGUGGUACUGGCUUCGACGUGGCCGACUUGCGCGCGAACACCGUGCUCUCUGGCGGCUAUGAGGAGGAUAGUCCUUGCGUGCGUUGGCUUUGGAGAUUGUUGCAAGAAGAACUUGGUGCCGAAGAUCUGGGUCGAUUUCUCAUGUUCGUGACCUCCUGUAGCCGAGCGCCGCUUUUGGGGUUCAAAAACUUGAACCCCAAGUUCUGCGUGCACCGCGUUCCCGACGGCGAACGACUUCCCACCAGCGCCACGCAGCUUGGUGGGAGCUGGUUUUGGGGUUGGAACUUUGAAGCAUAA